AUGUACAAGAGGAGAGAAUAUACCGUCUACGUCGUCGUGGUGUUGUCUGCCACAGACACAUGCGCGACCGGGAGGAUAGCCCCUGUCGGAAAACGAGCUAUGAGGCUCGAGAAACCGUUCCCCAAGUCAGAUAUUGCCGGCGCUGUCAACGACUAUUGUAACUUACUGAUGGGCCUCUCAAAGUUCACCAAUUUAGUGCACUCUUGUAAUCGGACGUAUCUGGCAACGCUGUCAAGCGCUGUCGUCGCCCAUCCAAGUUCCGCCCUGUACGGCCGCAGCAGCAAUCGCGAUCGCGUGUCUGACCAUUUGCAGACAGAUCCGGGCAGUCUCCAAUUAGUGUACCUCCGAGGACAAGUCACCACUCGACGUCGGCGGCCGAAGACAUGUGUGGUGAUGCCGGCGAGCAACACGGUGAUUUGGAGUUGGUCCUCCCGUGUCGGAAAACGAGCUAAAGUUGGGCUCGAGAAAUCGCUCUCCAAGUUAGUAGUAGCUCUCGGCUUCGCAUCUUGAAUGCACUAAUUGAUGCCCAAUGCGAUCCAGAUUCCCUCAAAGUCCACCAAGCUAGCAUGCUCAUGUAAUCGGUACGUGGCUCAUAAUAUAUUUACCAAUAUUAUCCCACAUUCGGCGACGUGUCGUUGCCCGCCUUUCGCAUUAGUCCCAUUCUGUACAGCGGCAAUCAUGAACGUGCGGGCUGCCGCUUGGCUCGGCAGUCGUUGUAGCAGGGAGGCGGUGACCAGGAUGGCUUUGAGGUCGACUGCGGCGAGAGGGUAUGAAAUGUACCUAUGACGGUGACUGUUUGUUAUCCGUAGCGGCUGCGAUAGUGCGAUCUGUGAGCUUCAGGUGCCACGAGUCUGUUGUGCGAGAAACAGCGUUGAGAGCGCGAAUGCGGACCAGUAGUAACUUGUAAGACAUUUGUACGUGCGGAAUGGGUGUCCAGGUACCCACAAAUGAUGAUGUUACAGUGUCGGAGAACGGGCUACUAUUGACUCGUUCUGAUUGCUUCUCCC